AUGUUGCCGUUGACUCGUUGUGUUUCCUCACAACCUGCAGCUUCAAGGGGGGAACUAGCUGGGCUCUCGACUACAGCAGCUGGGAACUCGGCCACUGAAGACGGUCCGGAGGUCUCUGCUGAACCGCCACUGUCAGAGGGAGACGCCGCGUGGAGUGUUAACGCUUUCACACAGACCGAAAAUGAUGGCGGAGUUGGAGCCUUCAGCUUGUUUUUGUCCGUCGCAUCGAAUGGUGAGGCAUCUACCCAGGUGUCCCAUGCUGUCACUGAAAGUGUUGCUGUCCAAGCAUCAACAGAACGUGCAGAAAUAGCUGUGGGACCUGACAGCCAUACCUGCAUUUUUGCUGGGCGCGAUUCUCUUGUGGGGAAGGUUGGUGCUCUUGAAGAGCUCUGCUCGGUGAGCACAAAUGUUUUCGCUCUGCUACUGCAUUUGUUUUGUCCUAUCGUUGUCAGGGAGACUGAUGUCUCUAUUGAAAACAAACUGAUCAUAUUUCUGGUGAAGUUGAAGCUGGGCAUUUCAUUCACGAGCAUUGGCGUGCUUUUUGGUGUGCACAGGACGACAGUGAGACGCAUCUUGUUUUUCAUUUUGAGGAACCUGAGCUCUGCCACAAGUUCUUGGAUUCCACAUCCAUCUCUCUUCGCGGUACAGGCAACGAUGCCAGAGUGCUUCAAAGCACACUAUCCUAGGUGCCGGUACAUUAUUGACUGCACCGAGGUGAGGACGGAAACUCCUGCAACAAUAGAACAACAGCGGGCACUCUUUUCACAUUACAAAGGAUGCCACACGGUUAAGUUCUUAAUUGCCAUUCUUCCCAAUGGAACUGCCACCUUUAUCUCGGAUGCAUAUGGGGGUCGGACGUCGGACACUUACAUAACCAUAGACUCUGGGUUUUUGGAACGCGUAGAACCAGGAGAUGUGCUGGCCGACAAAGGCUUUCCCGGAAUCAAGGCGCCAGUUGAAAACAAGCAUGGGGUUAUGGUGUUUCCCCCAUUUUCGAAAGGCCAGUUGCAGUUCACAAAUGAGGAGAUGGAGAUGACGUAUCAAGUUGCACAGGUGCGAAUUCAUGUCGAGACGGCCAUUCAGAGGGUCAAAGUUUUCAAUAUCCUUAAUAGCAGAGUCCCGACCGAACUUAUUCCUAGUAUGACGGACAUUGUACGCAUGUGCUGCGUACUCGUGAAUCUGCAGCCACCAAUUAUUGCGAAAUAACUCUGCGACCUAGAAUGCUGUUCUACUUGUGUCCUUCGAGGUUUGUUCUUACUUCCCAUGUGGCUUGUUUGAAGUAGUGCAAUAUCUAAUUUUGUUAAUGCAAUAUCUAAGCCUGUCAGACAGAUAUUUUUGUACAGUAGACUCCCACUUGAGUGAACGUCGGUUUAACAAAUAUUUCAGAACUACAAACUUUGAAAAAAUCCCCAGCGGUUUUUCUAUGCGUUUUAUGCAAAAAUGUUAGUGAAGUGAAGCACAGGAUAUUUCAAGCCAGUGAACUAUGCCGUUGUGGUAUGGGUUUGUCACAGCAACAAGCUGUGCCUGACGAAGUACAAAAAAAUAAAACUAUCUCUGGACAGCUUUGUUACUUCAUAUGCGCCUUAAGAGUGCCGGUGCAUAUAAAGAUUAUAUAUAUAUAUUUUUUAAAUGAAAAAAGCAGCAACGUAAUUCUUAUUUACUUAGCAUAUAUCAAUGUACAUGACUCCACAAAUUGCAUUUCACACUUGU